CUGACAAAGUUAUAAAAGCCAUCGAGCCAAUUAUCAGUAAUUUUGUGUCACCUUUAACAGUUUUUCAAUAGUUUCAUUCAUGGCUAAGAUAGCUCAAGUUUCUGUGCUCAAGCUAGCUUUUUUUGUCACUCUUUCUAGUUUUGUAUCUCUUUCUCUAGCUCAAGAAACACUAAGCCGUCACUGCUUGGAGAACCCACCAACUCCUAACUCAACCUAUGGAGCUGGGUUGGUGAAAGACAUUGGAGGCCUCAAAGCCUAUGUUAGUGGCCAUACUCGUUCCAGGCUGGCAAUCCUGCUUGUUUCUGACGUUUAUGGAUACGAAGCACCACAUUUAAGGGAUAUCGCUGAUAAGGUUGCUCGAGCUGGAUUCUAUGCUGUGGUUCCUGACUUCUUUUUUGGUGAUCCCUACGUAGUGAACUCUUCCAGGACAAUACCAGAGUGGUUAAAAAUUCAUGGAACAGACAAAGGAUUUGAAGAUGCUAAAACAGUAAUUGCAGCUUUGAGAAAAGAAGGCAUGCAUGCAGUUGGGGCAGCAGGGUUUUGCUGGGGAGGCAAGGUGAUUGUGCAGAUAGCAAACACUGACUUCACUAAAGCUACAGUGUUGUUACACCCUUCAUGGGUCACUCUGGAUGAUAUUAAGGCUGUCAAGGUUCCAAUGUCCAUAUUGGCUGCUGAGUUAGACAAUGGCACUCCACCUGAACUCCUCAAACAGUUUGAGGAGGCUCUAACAGCAAAUAAGGUUAACAACUUCAUCAAGAUAUUUCCUAAGGUUAAGCAUGGAUGGACAGUCAGGUACAAUGAGACUGAUAUACCAACUGUGAAGGCUGCCAAUGAAGCCCAUAAAGACUUGUUGGAUUGGUUGAGCAAGUAUCUCAGGAAACAUUGAUGUUCCUAGCAGUCAAAAUACUAGAAUCCUAUCUGUAGCCCAGAAUUUGUUAAAAUAAGUUGUAUGAUCCUUAAAAACUUAUUUUUUGGGGCCAAGAUAAAUUCGAACAAGCUGUUUGCAUGUUUCAAGAAAUGAAUAAAAAUAUAUUUGAGUGUCUUUCAUUUAA